GGACAUCAAGCACAUAUCAAAAAGCAGAUUAAAGCUGAUAUUUUAUCUUUUGUUGCUUAUCACACCGUUGGAGGUUUUUGUAGGCUUAGUGUUGAAAUCAAGAAAAAAAAACAAAUUGGCUUUGGACACUGAAACUUGUGAAAUCUUGAGCUGCUGAUUUAUUUCUCCUCUCCGAGAGUUUCAUCCGUGACUUCAGUCAAAGCUCUGCUCCAGCUUCAUACCUUAUCAACUCAGCCUGGCUUUGUGUGCUUAACCAAGCCUGAGCACAUCAAAUAUUCUUUGAAGGUUUUUCACAGUGUUAGUUCCUGCUUUUGAGAAGCUCUAUAUAGCGAGCCAACGCCAAGGCCAGAGCAGAAUUUCUCCAACAGCACACUGAAGACAGACAUGGCCUUCACCAAGAUCCUGCUGCUUUUGUUCCUUCCACUUCUUGGCACUGCCAAAGCAAGGAUGCUCAGUCCAGAAACGGUGCAAGUGGUUCUGAAGGACACUAAUGUUGCAAAGGAUGAUGAAGUCUGCCAGGACUGCAUCCAUAUCAUAGAGAUCCUGAAACACUUGCUAUCAGAUGAAGAAUUCCAGAAUCAGGUUCAGAUGAAGCUGAAGAGCACUCUGGAGGAGGUGUGUGACUUGCUGCCUGAGCAGAUAAAGCAGCUGUGUCGUAGUAAAGUGGGCAAGGACCUUCCUCUCGUCCUCACCUUCAUCACCGGACUGAUUAACCCUGGACAAGUGUGCACUUACCUCAACCUGUGUGAAGGUGAGACCAAGCUGCAGAUGGAGGACAUUUUGAUGAAUUACAUACAGAAGACCAUCAUACCUCCUACUGUCAUGCUGGAGGCCUCAUUCCCGUGCAACAUUUGUACAUAUGCUUUGAAUGUGUUGGACUGUCUCCUACCCAUAGCACAGACAGAGAGUGCCGUGAGCAGUGUGUUAGAUGAAGUGUGUUCCGUCCUCCCCAUCUUUGUAAGUGGUCAGUGCUCACGACUGGUUCAGAGAUUAGUGAAGAAGCUGUUUGAGGUUCUCCUGAACGCAAAAUCGCCCAACUCCAUCUGCUCCGUGCUGCGGCUCUGUCAGAGCUCAACUCCACCCAGGAACAUGGCAUCUCCUCUCUCGGACUGUGACUCGUGUUUGACUCUGGUCAUCCUGUCACAUCUUCAUUUGGGCUCGAACGCCACUCAGCCUCAGGUUACUUCCUUCCUGCAGUCCGUGUGCCAGUCACACCCCGGCAUCCUGCCCAAGUGUGAGAGUUUUACUCAGCGCUAUGGUGAACAGCUCCAGGGGAUUCUGGGUAAAGAGGCAGUGGCAAUGGAUGUGUGUAAGAGAGCUGAUCUGUGUAUGGGGAGUAAAAGGGCGGAGCAGGGAGAUGUUGGUGACCCCUGCACACUGGGGCCAAGCUACAGCUGCCGAGAUCUAGAAACUGCUCAUGCUUGUGGGGUGGUCUCCUUCUGCCAGAUGAACAUGUGGAAGUAGAAGCCUGUUCUCUGUUGGAUUUCAGCUUCACAGCCAGUUCUUCUCAUCACAACAUCAGUCACAAACAAAGUCUGAAAAAAGUUUUACAGAAAUGUCCAUGUUUGCUUUUCUAAUCUGGGCUAUGAUGUGAAUAGACUGGUACCAAAAUCCAGAAUUGUGACACCCAAAGGCAUUUUUGAGACAAAGUCGGCAAACAGUCUUAUUUUGUCAAUUUGGGUGUGCCGAAUUCAAAUCUGCAAUAUGCCGAGCUCUGUCUGACCUCUGUUGACCUCUAGAGGUCAUUGAACUUUGGGCCUGUAAACGUCUCAGCUGAACCCAGUUUCUCAGCUUUCUAAGGAAUGAAAUGUACUAAAAUGAUUAAUGACAGCCAAAUUUGCAAUUUCCCGCCAGCAAAUGGCCUUGUUAUAUAUGAGAGUUUUUUUCUUUGUUGUUUGUUUUUUGUAAAGGCUUUACCCCGUUUAAAACAAAACAAACAAAGAAAAAAACUCUAAUAUAUACUAACCCUGAUUAACCUGUAUACCCUGGAUGCCCCCACAUUUUGUAUUCUGCUGAAUCUGCCCUUUUUUCAGUAGCUUUGUAUAAACAAUAACCGCUAAAUGUAAUGCAAUGUUAUGUAAGGUGAUCGCCGAGGCAUUCUCAUUGUGAUAAGUAAGUCACAUGUACAUGGACUGGCAUUUAAUGUUGUAUUUGUUCCUUUCUAUUUGUUUUUUGUCUGUUCAUAUUCUUUUUGGGGGAGUAAAGUCAGUUUAAA